UAAUCGCGGAUUAGCUUUAACCGACUGCAGUGUGCAGCUCAGGGAGGGAGAGGCUGCCACUGCCAUUCACUACUCACCCUCCGUUUUAUUAUUAGCUCUCUUGGAUUCAGCAGCAGCAGAGGUGGCUGUAGCUGCAGCCUGCAGGCUUCAUAUUGGGAUCUCAGGUAAAGGUGUGGGAGUAUAGAACGACAGAUUGUGGCUCAGUGGUCGUGGACGCUGUGUGUGUGUGUGUGUGUGCGUGUGCGUGCGCAGUGGACAGGUAUAGGACUCAAUUGAUGGCCCUUUAAUUCCAACCUACACACCGCGCGCGCGGAGGCACUGCUUCGUUUUGAAAAGGAAAAAAAAAAAAAAUGUUCAAGACGGCCAAUUACCCGACGGUGGAUCCUGCGCCCACCAUCAUGCACGGCACUUGGUUUUCCACGGGCUGCCGAGAGAGCGUGCCCGUGGCGGUGGAGAAACCUCGGAAGAAGCCGUUCAGCCUGGUCAAAAUCAUGUCCCUGAGCAGCAAGAAAGGCCACGGCCAGUAUCCGCACCAGCACCACCAGCAGCAGCACCACCAGCAGCAGCAGCAGCACCACCACCACCACCACAACAUGCCCUUUUCCAUCCAUUGUCACAUCGGGAAAGAGAUCAAGCACAUUUGCAGCAAUUGCAGCCGCGGGAACGACACGCAGGACGCUGAGGAAAUAGAGAGGCUGGCCGCCAUGCGCUCCGAGUCCUUGCUCUCCGGCACUCACACUCCACCCAUCCGUAAUCGGAGCAAGUUUGCCACUCUGGGACGUCUCCUGAAGCCGUGGAAGUGGAGGAAGAAGAAGAGUGAGAAGUUCAAGCAGACCUCUGCUGCAUUGGAGAGGAAGAUGUCAAUGCGACAGAGCAGAGACGAGCUGAUCAAGAGAGGAGUGCUGAAGGAGAUCUUUGAAAAAGCAACUGUUGAAUUCCGUUCGUCUAUGGACGGCGGCAUCUACGCUCAGGAGCCCUCAAUGAAGUCGUCUAUGGUCCUGCCGACCAAGAAAUCUGUCACUUUUCCAGGUGACCUUCAGGGUACCCCCGCCAAACCACCGCUGUACCAUAAACAGCCUCCUGCUCUCCCUCCAAAGCCUUUCUCUAGAAUCCCAAACCAUAGCACAGAUUCUUGCCAGCCAGUGAAGUUGCCCUGUAUGCCAGGAGGAAAACACUCCCCGCCUCUGCCUCCCAAGAAAGUGAUGAUCUGUGUGCCUCCAGGGGGACUGGACUCCUCGAACUCCCCUUCCCCGUCGCCCAACCCCCUCAGCGCUCUCCAAAGGUGUGUCUCUCCCCAAGGGAUGUCGUCCCUCCACGGCACCCUGCUGCCCUCCCAGCUCGCCAGCUUGUCCGGUCAUCACUCGAGUCACGGCCACCCGCUCCAGCUCCAGUACGGCAGCUUGCAUGCACCCAGCCGCAUCAUUGAGGAACUGAACAAAACGCUGGCGCUCUCCAUGCAGAGGUUUGAAAGCUCUGCGUUGCAUGGCCUCGGUCAGUGUCUGCCUCUGGACAGGCGAGAAGCACCGUCUGUCAUAAUUGACUACGAGGACGACAAGGAGAACAUGCCCAACGAGUCCGAUUACGAAGACCUACCCAGCAUGUACAAGGACGAGGACGACGAAGUGGACAACGACGAGGACGACGAGGACGACGACGACUCCCUAUUUACAAGCUCCCUGGCUCAGAAGGUUCUGAGAAAAGACUCUCUGGCCAUUAAGCUGAGUAACCGUCCAUCCAAACGAGAGCUGGAAGAAAAGAAUAUCCUGCCCAUGCAGACAGAUGAGGAGAGGCUGGAGUCUAGGCAGCAGAUAGGCACCAAACUCACAAGGCGCUUGAGUCAAAGGCCCACAGCAGAGGAGCUUGAACAGAGGAACAUCCUCAAACGUGAGUGUGCUCGCAAUGAACUCGAGGAAAUUGAGGAGAAGAGGGAGAUAAAACGGCGGCUAACACGAAAGCUGAGCCAGAGGCCGACUGUAGAGGAGCUGAGACUGGCCAAAAUCCUCAUCCGAUUCAGUGACUACGUGGAGGUGUCAGAUGCCCAGGAUUACGACAGACGGGCAGAUAAACCCUGGACCCGGCUCACAGCAGCCGAUAAGGCCACGAUACGGAAGGAACUCAACGAUUUCAAAAGCAAUGAGAUGGAGGUGCACGAGUCAAGUCGCCAUUUAACCAGGUUUCACAGACCAUAGUAGACCACCACUGUCUCGAGCAGCGCCGCACUGGUGCUCUCCUCCACUGAGAACCUUAAGUGCUGGACAGUAAAAUGGUGCCCGUUUCUACAAUAAGGCCAUGUCUUCUGAAAUGCCUUUUUUCAAGACCCACACAACUGAGUCGGUACUACACCACAGGAUGCAGACGCCCACGACUCGAUCCACUGUAGUAGCACACAAUGGCUCCAGUUGUGUAACAUCGCCCCUCUGUGGACUUGGCUCGACUGUCUCUCAAACGCCUCUCUGCUGAGCUCCGCGGCAGGCGCUCAGCUCAGCGGCAGUUUGGACAGCGGACGGGUUUUGUGUUUAUUUUCGCAGGGGGCAACUGUACCGUCACUUCAUCGACUGACACCAGUGGACUUGUCUCAGUGGACAUGUUUUAAUUCUGCCUAUUUAUUAUGCCGUCACUCUGAACUCCUCCGGCCCUUAUGGGCAGCUCUGUAUGAGUACACAGUGUUGAUUGUUCUGAGUUCACUCAGCAGGAGAUCCAUCUCUUACUGCACCUGCUGGGACUUGAGGAGGAGCUGCUUAGAAAGAAACACAAGAGGGAGAGAGGGAGGGAGGGAGAGAGGGAGGGAGGAGUCCCAACAUUAAGAUUAUGUGCAAUAUAGUUUUCUCUUCAGCUUUCCCUAGACUAUAGCACCCCCUGGAGUCUGCUUCAUGUCAUUAUCAUGUAGUCCUGACGUCUCUUCCCUCAUUAUGUGUAAAUUCUCACUGUACCGACAAUGUUGACAUCUAAUUGCUAACUGUGAAUUCGGGAGAUUGGUCAAAGACGACUGCGCUCUCUCCAAAUGUACAUUUUGUUUAUACCAAGUAAGGGAGGAUACAUUAAAAGAGGAACAAAGAAGAAGAAGAAGAAGAAGUAGAAGAAAAAGAUUUAUGCUUGAUCAAGUUUCAUUCACGUCAGAAUCAUAUAAAUUUAAUAUGAGUACGUCUGCGGCUGACGGACACGUUCUUGUUGCCGUUGUGUGCAACAAUUAUGUUUUAUAUUAUUUUGUUUUUUGAUAGAGGCAACAACAUCUACGUGUUCCAGCUCUUUGGAUAGAUGAAUUUCAAAAUAGAAUAUUGAGAGAUAGACUCGCCAUGAUAUUUUCUCUUGUGUUUUUUUAAUUUAAUUUAAUUUUUUGCAACAGUGUAUUUAAUGAUCUUUGCUCAUUAAUAUCACUGUACUAUACACUUUACUUUUAUACUCAUGUCAUUUUGACCAAGCAAUAUGCUGUUUGUAUAGUAAAAGGUUAUAUUGCAGGUGUACUCCCACCAUUUUUUACUGUGCUUAUACACUGCGUCUCACUUCAGGGUUUUGAUUUUUCUUUUAUACUUUACAUUAGAAAAGCUUUAUUCAGGAGGACUUUCUCUGCAUUUUCCUUGACUGAUCCACCUUUAAAUAUUUUCAAAAAAGCUGCCUCUUCGAGGGCUCAUUGACAGUCGGUUAGGAUCUGAAUCAGUUCUCAAAUCUGCCACAAAACAUGAAGCAUUUUUAAAAAAACAAAACAAUACGAGCACUGAUAUUAGUGGAUUCAACAAGUCAGGAUUCUUGCAUUUCUAUUGCUAAAAUUGUUUGCACUUGGCUUUACAAUGGUCACUGUUUCAAAUUCAGGGCCCAAGUAUGUACAAAUAUUUUUGGAUUUCUGAUCCGUGACCAGUUUUGUCUCUUUACUUCACAGUCUUGUUACCCGAUCGCCAUACGCAGUAUUCCAAUUCUCAUUAUGCUCGAUGUACACAGAAUAUUUUGUAUUAUUUUUAUCGUAUUCUUUUUAAUUUCACAAUAUGAAAUUCCUGUUCGUCAGAUGAGGGGAAAAUAGGAGCGGUGGAAACUUUUGGCUACUUGAUGAUGCAUCCGUCAACAAAGAAGAAAACAUUUUCUCCCUUUAUGUCAUGGUCUCAACCAGUGAUGGAUAAAUGACUGACUGAGAACACGGACAAUUAUUUUUGCACUUUAUGGUUUGAAUGUGAAGCCGUGGGGGGUUUGUCACAAUUCUGAGCACUUUGUUUUGGAUCGGUACAUUUUAAUCUAAAUUUGACUCCGUCAGAGACUUUGAAUGACAUUGUUUUUAUUUGUAACUUUCUGUGUGGUCCCAGUAUUAUCACGUCAUUAUUAGAAUUUUCUCUGUUCAUAGAUUCAGUACAGUUUAGCGUAAUAGGAACGCGUUUAUAUAAAAACCCUCCUAUUCUCAUUUUUGGUUGCAAAAAAACAACAAACAAAAACAACAUGAGCCCCUGGGCUGAGCAUGAUGUUUUCCAUUUUGCUGGAGUCAAGGAACAUGAAUUCAGCAAUAAUCAGUUUCCUUUUAUUUGUUGAUGGAGCAAAUGAAUGCAUUUGAAAAUUGUUUUUUUUGUUUUUUUUCAUUUUUGAAAUACAUACCAUGUUAAGGAUACAUCAUGCAGAUUAAAUUUCAUCUCUGAA